AUGCAGGCUCAUGAGUGGGAGAUGCGUCGCCUCAUUGAAAGGCUGCCGGCCACACCGCCUGAGUGCUAUGUCUUGUCUCCUAGGAGUCUAGCCUGGUACAUGUGUCUAGUGCCGAUUGAUCUACGGCCGAUGGGAGGGUCUAUUCGCCUCCUCCAGGUUCGGCGCGAUCGGCCCUGUAUCGAGGCUAUCAGGGGUUGCCUUUUGGAUUUAGGCCAGGAUAUUUCCCGGCCCGUGCUUAUCCGUACUGGGAUUGGCUUGUUUCUCCCCACCGCCUCGGUUCUGCUUCUUCCCGAAGUUGAUGCCUUUCAGGUAUGGCCUGGGCCUGAUGUGGUAGCCCCGCUCAGCGACUCGGACUCGUUGACACAGCCGCCUUCCAAUGCCGAUCGGUUCGCGCUCAGCCUCACAAUGCCUCAUGUUGCUGAGUCCUCUUUUCAUGAGGCUUCUGGCAGUAAUGCUGUAGUCAUUUCGGGUGACGGGCUUUUCUAUGUCGCUGCACCCUCAUAUUGUGACCAUCUCACCUUAAGAUCGGCAGUGUUGCAGGCCUUCCUUGAGGAGGGAGGUGGGGAUCGUCGUGUCCCUCUCCACUUUGCGCGUGUUCUGCCACCGCUAGACGGUCUGCCCUCUGUGCAGUUUGCUGCACUUCGCUGCACUGCCGGAAUGUCCCCUGCCCUUGUUGACUUGCGGCCCAUGGGAGGCGCCCUGCAGGUAUUUGGGGCCAGCAUGUACGACACGCCAGCGAUGCGUAUUCAAGCAGCCAUUGCUAGGAAUGGCGACCCGGCUACCGGGACGCUGAGGGCCAGGUCUCUCCAGCAGUUCAGCCAUCAUGUGGAUGGGUUCUGGUUCUCCUUGGGUGCUUUCAUUGGUUUCCAAGAAGGGGUACCCCUUCAGGUCAGGUCUGAGGAGGAGGCUGAUGACUCCCAUUAUCUAUUCCCGGCGCUUGCCAGCGUACAGGAACACUACCGGUUAUCCCUUCGCUUGUCCUUCCCCGAUUCGCUUACGCGUCUUUCGUGGAUUGAUGCUGCAGGCCUGCCGGGCCGUGUCCACACUAUGUUCUGUUUCUCCAUCGCUAGUCCUGCUGAGACGUUUCGCUUUUACCUGCAAGGGGACCGCCCUUUCUUUCAGUUUAAGGAACUCUUGCAGCAGUGUUCCGGAAGGCUGGGACGCGGCCCUGCCGUUCUGGUAUCACCUAUGCCUCUGCAUCGAUGUGUUCAGUUUGUUGCCCCGCCGCGGGAGCUCACUCACUACACCGUUCUCCUCGACACUGGCACCCGCCGGUAUUGUGUUGAUGUUCCACACCAAGGCAGAGGGAUACGUACUGGAGAUGUCAUCCUCGCGCACGCUGACGAGGACAGCAAGCCUUUUGAGGUUGGGCCUAUCUCCAUUCCGCUGGGCGCCAACGCUGUGCAGAUUUCUUUCUUUGGGCUGUGCACGUCGGCCAUUGGGUGUACGGAGCGUGCACUGCUGAAGUCUCUUGGCAAGAUGUUGCAGCUGUCGCUGGCCUCACCAUCUGGGAUCUCCCUGGCAGCAGUUUACACAGUGGUUCUGCUUCUUGGACGUGGCCAGCGGAGCUCGCUUCCUUUGCGGGGCAAUGUGGGCAUUUGUUACACGAGGGCUACUCGCAACCGCCGUCCCCCACCUUCGUCUGGGUCGGACAGUGAUACCGAGGCACUGGAGAUUGAGCUCCCGGAGCCGGCGGAGGUAUGUCCGGCGUGGUGCCACGAACUUGCUUGUCGCCAUACCCAUUUUGCCACGACAGCGGAUGGCCUGCGCCACCACCUCUCUCGUCUGGCACCUUAUGACACCUUCCAGGUUGCUGUGUGGACUCCGCUGGACGGCCCCACCCUUUUCGAGGCACCAAAACAGGUUACCUCAGGGCAAUUCGCAUACUUGCUAGCAGCAGCAGGUCAUCGAGCCGCUGAUCAUCGCCUACACCUGGCGUUUGACACUCAGGCUACUGUAGCUGACGUUCUCUCCAUUCCCGCUGGCAGUUCCAUUUGGUGGAUAGUGCGGGAUGGGCUGGCGCGAGAGCUCUUACGUCCAGUUGCAUUCUGGUAUGAAGGCCACGACCGUAUUGCUGUUACGCUCAAUUCCCAUGGUCAAGCCUCAGGCCUCAUCGCCUCGCCAGAAGUUGCGCGCUUAAGGGCACUGCCGCAAGGAGCCCGAGCCUAUGUAGGGGGUCCUCUUACGCGAGUCAUAGGCCAUCUCACUGCUAGCGGGUUGGUUCUUUCUGAACUAAUGGUUGGGAGUGCGGUUGCUGUUUCUGUUGCUCCUAGCUCCUCUCGCCGCCCAACCCGUUACCUGGGCUUCCUAUUGAGCCUGGUCAUAGGCACGGCUAUGCACAUUGCACCAGGCAACGCUAAUAAUUUGGCAGUCAGCGGGCCGCCGGCCCUGCCGCAGCCAUGGGGCUGCUCUUCUGUGCAGCAACCAUCUAUCAUGCGCAUCUGGACGCACACUCUCGCAGGUCCUCUCAAUGUCCCCUACCAGGCUAGCCCUGAUCCCUCAAGGCUUGCGAGUUGGGUCUUUGACACCCAACGGGGCGUCCCUGCUGAAGGCGACUUUGUGUGGACUACACCGCGGAUCGUCAAAGGGGUAGCGCAUCUUUUGCACAUCCCGUCUGGGGUCGCCCCUCCGACACCUUUCUGGUUGCUACAUUUCCGAGGCAAAGGGGCGGUUGUCGCUGUACAAGCCCCUGGUUUUGACUGGACCUUUGUCGCGCAGCAGGCUGUCGAGGCGUUCGGGGGUGACUUCUUUACCAAGGGUGCAUUUGGCGUGCAUCACUGCGGGCGAGUCUUUCCAUUCAACACUCCCUUGCCGGUGCCCCCGCACGGGGCCAUCAUCUCCCUGGUCCGCAUGACUCAGCCCAACCACGCUGGUUUUUCGACAUGGGAUGCCCCACCGGAAGCUUGCUGGGUGCCUCAGUUUGAAUACGAUAUCUGUAUGGGACCCCUUGGUGAGCCCGCUUUGUCUUUGCGUGCGAUUGACAACGCCCGACACACUGGCCGGGGCCCGGCACGUUCACCUGAGGGUGACAAUGCAUCGCUAUGUCACCACUCCGAAAUGGCCGCGCAGCUCACCCAGGUGACUAGCCGUUUGCAGGACUUGACCACCCGGCUUGAGGCUUCAGGAGUGCUGGCCCCAACCAAUGGUCUCGAUCCUGGGGUCUCCCCAUGGAUGUUCCUCCUGGCUUCGGAGCUCUUGGGGCUACCUGUCGAUGCUGCGGGUGCGGUCACGGAGGACCCCACGGGUCCGGAAGCGCCGGUAGAGCCCAGCUCACCUUCAUACUCUGACCUGCAGGCACCCACUCCUGACACCACCAUCGAAGGGGAAGGUUUAGCCAGCACUGUCCGCGCAAGUGACUCUGUCGCUGCCAGCACUAUGGUGCCUGUUGACGGCCCCACUGUGGCCAAUGUGCCGGCCUUUGACCAGAGCAUGGUUCCGGCCAUGCAGCGCAGGGUUGCUGCACAUCUGCAAGGCGUUAAUGUGGCUCCCCAAGGGCACCCCUUCCUACCACAUGGCUGUCCCAUUACGAUUCACGACCCCUUUUCGCGGGGGUCUACCUGUGAACUUCUCACCUCUAGCAUCGCUACCGGCCUCAUCUUCGAGGAGAUGCUCCGUGACUAUGUUGCCCGGCGAGGGUGGCAGCCCCUAGUGAGCGUCUACCCUCAGCCCGAUGCUCUCUCAGUGCACCUUAUCCCGGCAGCUGCUGACAUAGCUCAGAUCACUGUACGGGGCCGAAGGGGGCGCAUUAGAGAACCUUAUACUGCUAGCCGAGAUCCGAACCGGCCCAUCCACUUGCGGGACGGAGAUUGCUUGCAUGCUGAUGUCGGUCCUUUUGGCCCCCCUCCGCCGGAGCCGGUCCGAUCCUCCACUAGCUCGUUCAGGCUCUCCCCCCUGCUUGCCUUAGGUGCCCUGUUUCAGCAUCGUGCUCAACUGCCUCGGGGACUGGUCUUUUUCGGGCUUGUUGCUCACAGUUGGGUUACGCUAGGACGGCUCUUGUCGAUAGCCCUUCAGGUCCAUGUUGCCCAGAAUACCUUUCUGCUUUGGCCUGUUUGCGGUGCUGUCCAUCUGAGUCGCACUGACCAGCGGCACGCCACCUAUUCGAUUGGCCACUACCCUUGGCGGUUAGCCCCCGACGAUCAGGUCGCUUCACAUGUCAGUCACGCAGCCGGCUUUCGUGCCACCUACUUGUGUCCAUGGUUGGGGCCACAAGGCGACUUUCAGGGUCCCAGUACGCUCACUACCGCUGCAUUAGCUCGUCGAUAUCAAGGAGGUGAUAGCGCGGUAGCAGGGCUCAUGCCGGUGUGGCCUGGAGACCGGAGCGACCGACUCUUGUUUGUGCCUCAGCUGACCGAGGCCAAUCCACUAGUUUGUGUGGUUGCGCGAUCCGAACACUGCCAGCGGUCCUUGCUUUUGCCUCCUGAUUCAGCAUACGAGCAGAUCUGCAGGGCAGUGGUCUAUUUGGCUCGUUUAGAGGUUGGACAGGUGCGCCUGCCACCCGCUGUUUUCGCUCUUUGUGGUCUGAGGCCCAAUGCUGACAUCCACCUACGCACGGGCGAUGUUCUCGAUGUCUUGGCCGGUAGGCAGGAGGCAACCUGCUGCCGUCCCACUUCCGUUGGGCAGCUCAAGGAUAGCACCUUGUGGACGCGCCCUGUACUCCUUUCCUUUCCUGUGCCUGUGUACCUGUGGCUGCCCUCUCUUCGACAGCCAAUUGUGCACCUGCUCCCGGCAGGAACCUGGUGGGACCCGGUCUCUCUCUCAUUUGACGGGCCCUUUAGGCAGUCCUUCGCUGGCCGCUGGGUGCCUGUGUCGUGGGCCCCAAGCCAUGUUGUUCACAUGAUGCAAGCUUCGGAUGAUGCCAAUAUAGUGCAUGUUUUUCUUGAAAGCCAGGGGCAGCUUGUAGCACAGGCCACAGACAGGUGCCAGACGGUUGCUCGCUUUGCCGCUGAUAGAGGUCUGCUGUCCACUGAACUCGUUGUCAUCGGCGUGCCGAGUAUGUCUGCCGACUGGCGGCUACGGGAUGGUGACAUCGUCUUUGAUAAUUUUCUCUCGGACCCACAGGCACGCCCGUGGGAUCCCCUCGCUAGUGCCAGCCCCAGCCGCACUGCGCUCGGGGCGAUUACAGGGGCCUGCUGGAUCGUCACAGGGUCCAGCGCAUGCUUCGUCUUGGUCUUUUCCUCUUGGCUGCCACCCACAAGGGCUGUGAGAGGCCGCUCCCGCACACCGCCCGAUUCCAGUGAAGAUGAAUUUGACUGUACGGUUGCACCGGUUGGACUCUGGAAGCCUGAACUCACGCAUCCCCUUGAAUCUUUUCCUCAGCGCUGGGAUUAUCAUAUCCUCUGCCCCUUCCGCGGCUGGAGCUCUUGCAUACAAGCUCCGGCCUCCACCACGCAUACCGAUUUCCAACACAUCACCCGAAGGUUCUGCGGAGGAUGGGUACGAGGCCAUCUAUUGCUGGGUCCGAGCCGCAUCACAGGCAUGGGUGUUGUUUUGCCCCUACCCAGUGCAGGAUUAGCAACAAUUUUUGUUCACGCCGGAGGAUCUAGUCAUGCCGCCGUUGUACCACGACACUGCUGCCUCGAUGUCCUUCUGAGGCACCUUCAACGAUUAUGCUGGCCAAUUGGAAUCUGGCUGCGUUUGCCUCCAGCUUUAACUCGAGCUCAGAUGCCUCGCGACGCUUCUUUGGCCUUGCGGGACGGAGACACCUUCUCACUUGAGCUGGACAUGUACCAUCCUGCUUACCGGUCCCAACCAUCAGAAACGGUCGCCCGGGUUGAGCACCUCAAUCACCUCAAUCUUUGGCAUGUUCCGUUUCGGCUCCGGCACGGAGGCUGGAUUUUCAUUUGGCACGAUGAAGACAAUCUUGAGCACCAGUGUGAGCGACACUGGGUAAAUGCCCAUAGCACAUGGAUGCCCCGUUGGUCUCAGUUUGUCCCACCUAGGGGUGAGCCGCUCGCGGAUAAGAUCGUUCCCGUCCCCUGCCUUAAGGAAGGCGAGUGCCAUUUUGUCCGCCGUUCCGACUUUAUGGAAGCUCGUGUGCUGAUGGUUGACCCCUUGGACGCUUCCGCAGACGAAUGCCGACUAUUGUCACUCAGCCGGCUUGGCUGUGAUAUUCCUUUCGGGUGGCAACACAGACCGGACAUCCAGAUCCGCAAUCGUGAAGGUGGUCUCCGGGACGGCGAUGUGCUAGUGCCAACGUCUCGCGUCUCUGCUCGAUCUCGGUUAGCUGACAUCCUUGCUGCCCUCGGGGUGGCCGGGUUUAGGGGUUACUCUGGCCUAAGUCUCUUCCUGCCCCUUCUCUGUCUAAGCUUACCUGCCUCCUCCAUGUUCGCCCCGCCGCAAGAGGUUCAAGGGGGCGCUGUCGGUAACAUUGGCAUGUUUCCGUGGCGCGUUCCCGUCGAACACCGCGCGUGCCAUGAAGCAGUUCCUUCUGAAGGGUGUGCCCGUCUCUUUUCGCCCUUUGAGGCUGAUGCCCCACUGGUACCGGUCUCCCCGGAGACACUGGUUGAGGACCUUACUAUCAAUUUGGUUAGUUGCGGUCCUGCUUGGUGCACAGACCUGAUGCCGGUUUGGCCGAACAUUUGGGUGCCACAUAUCAACUUCCUCCCUGCUCCCGAUGACAGGAGGUUAGUAUGUGUUCUCGUGGUUUCUCCCGAGUGGCAGCUACCUGUGCUUAUUCCCAAACGUACAGACCUGACUUGGUUGCUGUCGUACCUUCGUCGUCUUGCACCGAGUGCGACCAGUACCCUCUACCGUCCACUUCAGUCGGCCCCUUCUUCGGCUGGCCCUAAUGAAGCGGUGGAUUGGCGCAAUGGGGACCUGUUCUUGGCAAUGGGACCCUCAGGAUCCGCUCUGCAUGACCAGCCCAGUUUCUCUCACGGGUCGGCUGUCCGUACCUCGGCCGUCUGGUCUUACGAUUUCUUUUGCACAUGUGCUCUACCUGUCGUUGUUUGGAUCCCUGGGCGGCGCCCUUCCCGCACGGUCUUACCACCUGGCAGCCAAUGGCGGGCCAACUUGGCUGCCUUUGAGGGCGAGUUCCAGCAAAGGUACCCGGGACACUGGGCGCCGGUACCUUGGGCAUAUUCACACGAUGUGCACCUGUGUCAGCGUGCUGAUGAUGAAGUUUGCUGCAACGUUAUAGUUGAGGAGUUAACUGACGAUAAGUUGCGAGGUAACUGCCAUACUGUCAAUACUCGCAUCUCCUCCCGCGCUUUUGCGGUUGCCUGGGGGGUUAGACCCGAUAAGGUUCGGUUACUUGGUUUGCCUGGGGAUCACGCAGAUUGGCCCCCCCUGCGGGACGGCGAUAUUUUGCACUUUAAUAGUGCUGAUCGCUCGGAGGGCGUUAGGGCAUCCGAGGUUCUUUGUGCGGUUGUAGCUUGUUUCCUUGGACAUCACCCUUGGUUUAAGGGCGCGAUUUGGUUAGGGUGCCGCCUCGGUACUGCUGUUGCGAUGCCGACAGGUGCGCCCCCGUCCGGGCAGCCUCCUCACUGGCUCUGGAGCCCGUAUCGGGGACGCCUGGGACCUGUGCUCUGCUCAGAAGAGGAGGAGGUUCGACAGUGGUUGCAUUACCUCGAGCCGCUGUGGUUUCGGGGGCACACGAAGGUUCAUCCUAGCUUGGAACCCUAUGAACACCAUUGGGUCCCCUUACUUGCGACCGACUCCCUUGUUACCGUCCUGGUGCUCGGAGCCCCGCGGCCCUUGGCGGUUAUCCUACCUUCGCGGCUUACUAAACGCUUGCUCUUCAAGGCACUGAAGGGACUGUUUCCCGACAUGACCUCUCUAGUCGGCAAUCAUCCGUCGCUGCGCUCUGCAGCCUCAGAUGGCAGCGAGAUCCGACUUCGACAUGGUGAUCUGCUAGCCACAUGUACCAGUCGAUGGCAGCCCUCCCUUGACUAUCAUUGGCGGCAACACUUCAGUAGUCCUCUUGAGGCACAAGAGCUCGGCCUGUGGAGCCAUGACCUUGACUUUGACGGGCCAGGGAUGGCUAUCCUACACCGAGCCGGGGAUCUCUUUCCUCUUGCCAUUGCUCUCGAAGGCACCCAGAAAUGGGAUUCCCAGGCGUGUACGCUUAGGCCCGCUCUCCAAGGGCUUCUCGAAUCUUGGUGGCCAUGCACUGACAUUACCAGUUCUAUCACUAACUACAUUCAUUUCCGUGCUUUCUCCGCUCCCCUUGAGUCAGAGGCACCGGCGGUGAUGCGUAUCAGUGACGCAGAGCCGCCAGCGGAUAGGAUUGGUGACCCGCAUCCCCCUGACCUCCAUCAUGUUCCCAUGCCAUUUAGUCAUGGGAUGAGGUCCAGUAGCAUUUGUCGAGCCCUCGUCGUUGCUGGCAUGGUCCUGAGUAUCGGUGGCCUGAAGGGCGACACUGCAGCCAUCCGCAAUCUGGGUCCUACUCAUUGGAGUUUGGUCUGGCUAGGCGUUUACCUUGCAGCCUUUGGAGCCCCCCGAUGGGAAAAGUCCGUUGAUUGCUGGCAGGCGGACCUCUCGGACGUGUGCCACCUCCAGGCAGCUAUGCACGAGACCUGGUGGACACGAUCCCAGCGACUCGCUUUGCCGUCUCCGCUCCCGCCAGCAUACCACGCAUCCUGGCAACUGUCGCCAGCAUGGAGCGGAGGCGUCCCUGACUCUCUGCUAAUAGCCACCGAUGGUAGCGGUGUUGGGUCAGGGUCCUGGGCUUUUGCGGUCUGGGGCUUGUUCGCCGGCGUAUGGCACCGGAUCGAUUGGGAAGCAGGAACCCUUCCCCAGGCCAAUUGGAUGCCCGAAGGCGUCUCUGAGGGCGGCGCUGAUACACGCUCCUAUCGUGGAGAGCUCGCGGCGCUGCAGGCGGCAGCCAUGUGGUGCUUAGCGAACUUAGAUCUGUGGGCCAUGCACAUGGGGUCCAUGCCCCGCCUUCUUACUAUCGCGGUCGAUAACUCCUCCGCCAUGCAGGUCGCUGCUGGCCAUGCCGCGACAGACCAGCUCGGUGCGGCAGAGACUCGCGCUGUGUGGCAGGCCGUACAAGCCCGGAUUUCGACGAGCUUUCAGCACGUACAUAGUCACACUGGAGUCUUCGUCAACACCAUAGUUGACGCGCUUGCUACGUGGGUGUUACAUGCUAAAGCCCACCCUAGUUUGGCGUCAAGCCGCUGGGCACACGAAUUCUCACCGCUCAGCCCCUGGCUCUGGUUGGUUGCGAAGGCCAAGGUCGUUGAAGGUUGCCCCACUUAUAGGAUGCCUAUCGGCCUAGGUCAAUGGUGUCCUCCUGCGCCCCCAGAUGUCCCCGACAGUGAUAUUGUGCCUAGGCCCGCACCAGUACCACUUUGUGCUGCCACUGCUAACGUUCAAUCCCUCAAAGACUCGUCCCCUAAUCCAUUCAAUCCCGCGGGUCAUGCGGCGCGUCGCCAGCAUCUGAUGGAACAGGCAAGCGCCUUGGGGAUUGAUAUCCUCUGUAUCCAGGAGGCCCGAAGUCGCCCGGGACGCUGGUCCGUGGCAGGAUGGCACACAUGGCGCUCUGGCGCCGAAAAAGGCCAGUACGGAUGUGAAAUUUGGGUCAACCCCCGUCUUGUCACACCUGCGCUGCAUCUGAGUGACUGGCGCAUUCUUCUUAGCACGCCCCGGAUCUUAGUGAUCACCUGCCUGUUUUCGCUCUUGCCUGUGACAAUCUGUUCUGCUCACGCUCCUCAUGCCGACAGACCAGACCGAGAGGCUACCGAAUUUUGGGCUUUGUUGACCCAAACACUGCAGGAGGCCCCUAGAUAUCGCGCGCUGCUUAUUGGCCUUGAUGCCAAUGGGGACUUCUGUUCGGCUGACGAGGACGACCACCUCAUUGGCACAUUGGUCUCGCAGGCGGAGCCGGCACGUAAUGAUGACUGUUUGCUGGAAAUGUGUCUCCGGCUUGGCCUCGUCGCACCGGCUACUUUCCCCGAUACUCAAUUAGGGGAAGGAUGGAGCUGGCAACACACUAGCUCUAAGCGCAAGCGUCUUGAUCACCUGUUGUUCCAAGCAGGGCCCUGGGAAAUCGCUCGUACUAGCCAAGCCCUUGCCUUUGAUAUUGUCAACGUCCAGCGGGACCACAUGGCCCUCUGGGCGCAGGCAACUCUACACGCUGCAGCUCCCCAGGGACGGCGAGAUGCCCCGCGUCGCUGUCUACCUUCGGAGGUUAUACAGGGAGGACAAGCCAUCUGGAAGGGCGUCCGCCUUGACGGCUGGAGUUGCACGGGGGAGCUUGUCCAGUCACUGCUUGACGGGUAUGGUGCAUGGCGGAAGGCCCUCCCGUCUCGACCACCCCUCACCCCGAAGCAGCCAUAUAUUCAGGCCACCACUCUAGGUCACCUGAACAGACUGCGAGAUUGGCGCGCGCAGGUGCGACACGUCAAGUCUGAGGGGGCGAGGCUUCUGCUGCAUCUGUGUUUUCAAGGAUGGAAGCAACAAGGUUUCCCUGACCGUCAUGCCCACCUACAGUGGCAUCAACACCGCCUAUUGGAAGCGGCCAUGCUGUCUCAGGAGUACCAUCUUAGUCGCAGAGCCCAUAAUUCUGCCAAACGCGAUAAGGCAUGGUAUUUUCUGCAACUGACACACCAGGCUACUGACCUUUGGCACCGCCAUGGCUGUGCCAUGGAAUCUAUCGUUAAACUCCGGUGGGCGUCUCGCAGGGCCGCCGAACGCAGAGCAGUCCACGCCGCAGGAGGUUAUAAUAUCGACGCGGCCCUAGAAGAACAAUUCCGGGAGCAAGAGGGGGGUCGCUUCGUAACUGCUCAGCAACUUCGCCUGACGCAGCUUGCCUGGGAUGCCUCCCCAACAAAUCCCUGCCCGGAGGCAGUGCCUACUCUCUUGCAAAUGGAGUCUGCCUGCAGACGCCAACAAGGAUCCAAGGCACCUGGUCCAGACCUUGUGCUCAAUGAACUCUGGCGCCACUACCCUGUCCAAGCCGGACAGUGGUUCUGGCUGAUCUGCACCCAAACCGCCCUAACCGGCCGUGAGCCCCCACAUUUUAAGCUGGCGCUGAUUUGCGCGCUUUACAAGAAAGGACCAGCGGCGCUGCCGCAAAAUUACAGGUCCAUAGCCUUGAUGAACGGGAUGGCUAAAGUGUACCAUGGUUUCCUGAGACGGGGCGUAGGGCACUCCAUCUUAGCUCAGUAUAGGGGGCUACAACUUGGAGGGCGACCUGGCGUGCCGGUCAGUUUUGCGGUCGCAGCCUUCCGGAGUGCGUGGGCUCUCAGUGUCGAAGCUCACAGAAGUUGUGCCAUUCUUUAUGUUGAUAUCCGUGCUGCGUACUAUGAAGCCAGUCGCGACCUCAUCUUUCAGGGUGGUGAACUCGGACUCCAGCCAGAUGAGGGUCGGUUAUGGCACCUAGCCAGCCUUGUCACCUGCCUCCGCUGCGACGGCGCACUCCACCUUCUUGGGGUUCCGGCAGACGAAAUAGCCUUGUUGCAAGACUGCGUCGCAUGUGCCCAUUGGCAACUUGUUGGCUCUGAUAGAUACGUCCUCGCUACGAGAGGGUCGCGACCUGGCGACGGGCUAGCCGAUGUUCUCUUCGGAGCCCUCUUCGCUAUCGCUCUCCGUCACAUCGAUGACACGUGCUGUGCCGAGGGGCUUGCAUGCCACUCAGCAAGUAUUGCGUCUGGUGCGGAAGCAACGCCUGUCUCUAUUGGCUGGGCAGAUGACCUGGCCAUCAUUACUGAUUAUACCUCGCCACGUGAGCUUCAGCAAGCCUUCCCGCGGGUAGCUGAAAUUGUCUUGGACACCUUACAUGCCCUUCGGUUUAAGGUUAACUUGGGUUUAGGCAAGACUGAGGCUCUUCUUGACAUUCGGGGCCCCGAAGCGAAGGCUGUGCGAGGGGAGCUUCUCGGGCAUGGGGGGCCUUGGCAGCUUCCCAAUGGAGCGGAACUUCGCGUAACCCCUGAAUACAGGUACUUAGGAGUCGUUCAGCAAGUUAAGGAUACGGGUCGACGUGACACUGAGCUGAGCGCCCAACGUGGCCGGACGGCAUGGAUGCAUGGCCGCAACCUCCUCAGCAGUGAGUCCGUGCCCUGGGCACUAAAACAAGCGUGGGUCGCCGGCCGCAUUCUGCCGGCCGCGUAUGCUACGCUUGCUACAUGCAUCGCGGUUUCAGAACGCGCUACUGCACCACUAGAAGGUCUCUUCGAACGACUCGCUCGCACUGUGGUAGGCUCUUGGCGAUUCGGCCAUGUCCUGCAUCGCGCCUCUCUUCUCUGCCUGCUAGGCCUCUCCUCCCCAGCACAGGCCGUGCUUAUUGCCAGGGCGAGGCUUACGGUCCAGCUUGUGCAUAAAGCCCCUCAACCUGUCUGGCGCUUGUUCGAUACUGCAUGGAAUCACGCGGUUCCUUGGUGUGAACUACUCGCUGAUGCAUGCCGGGCUGUAGCUCGUGGUGUUCCAGGCCGCUGUGGCAGGUUUGUCACCACCUCUCUUGCCUUUGUGCGCGAUAAUCAACGUGGGUUGCUGAAUGCUUGCCGCUUUCUUAGCCGUUGGGGUACCCUACAUAGUGCCUUCCAUGACCUAUGGCAUGACCUCGACGGCCCACGCAUGCGGAAAGUCCUGGGCCCUUCGGUUCAGGCUAUUUGCCCUCUGUGCCGCGCCGCACUCCCCAGUGCCCAGGCGCUUGCCGCACACGUUCACCGGAAGCACUCAGUUGUUAACUGGCUCACCCGUUAUACGCACGGCACGGCCUGCCUUUGGUGCCACCAUGAAAUGCAUUCGACUGACCGUCUCAAGUAUCAUCUCCGUACCAACCCGUCUUGUGUUCAUGGUCUGCGAGUCACGGUCGGUGAGGUCUAUGAGUAUGGCAUCGGCACCCGCCGUGGCGGACCUCGCGGACACCGAGGUGUUCCGGCCAUCCGACUGCCUGGGCCGCUGAACGCCACGCCAGCACAACGUCGUGCUGCUGAAGCCGGCAGAGCCUGCUCAGUGGCAGAGCUUGCCACAGAGCUUCGCCAAGUGGUAGGGGCGGCGCACGUCUAUGACUGGCCCCCUCUUCCCGAGCCCCUUGUGCAACUGGCCGACCACCGAAUGCAAGCUCCCCAUGUUGAACAGCUUCCUGUUCCCCCCAUCUCUCAGCCUUCUGAAGUCAUCUCUUCUGCCUUGGGCCCUGCUGCGCCCCAGUCUCUUCGGUGGAGGUGUGUGCAUGACUAUGAUGAAACGCCAACCAACUGGGCUGUACCUUCCAUGCUGUGGUCGGCCAAGGACGUCGGACAUACUGUCUGGCAGCUUCCACGGACUUGGCACCGUUAUUGGAACUGUUGGAAGGCUGCUUCCUCUCUGCACCCGUGGGAUGAGGCUGCUAAGGGGCCUCUGCGUGCACUGCGAGGCGCCGCAUCGCAUCACACUCCUUGUGCUCGUGACCCCCCUUUGCCUCUCCUCUGCCUUCUUGCUGCCACGGUUUCUUUCCGCCACAUCUGUGCCCGUGUUCGCCUCGGUGGAGCACUCUGGCUGUGGGGUCUCCCGAGUGCUACUGGCACUGCUGUGUUGCGGGCACUGUUGCCUUCUGCCGUCUUCUCUCGGCUUUGCCUUUCUGGCCGCACGGUCUUUGUCGCACACCACCCUUGCUGCCCCCGUGUGUGGCAGCCCGCUCUGGCUGCUUUGUGCGCUCCUGUCCCCGGCGGGCCGUCUCCUGCCGUGCUCCCUGUCGGUGCCUCAUUGAUUUUCCGUUCCGAGUCGCUGGGUCGCUCCUGA